UUCUUACCCUAACCCUAACCAAUCCCCACUCCCCAUGCCUACACCGUGACCUUACUACGUAGACCCUUCUAGCAGAUCCGAUUUAGGAUCUACCGCGACGGACCGCGGACACAAACGUUCAUUUCCGGUCGGUGUUUUCAACAUGUGAGCGUGGAGAGAUGGCUUCCCGCGCUCAGGAGCAAACUCUGCUGGGUCUGUGUGACGGAGAGCUCGACCCUAACCGACACCGGUCCUCCUUUCUGACCAACAAAGUCGGCGGUCACCCGGACUGGUUGCCGAGCAUCUCCCGGCAGUGUCCCCGCUGUGGUCGCUGCGGAGCCCCGUUGGCCCACGUGGUGCAGGUGUACUGCCCCCUGGAGGCCUCCCCCUACCACAGGCACCUCCACCUGUUCGCGUGCCCAGGUGCCGCGUGCAGCGGCCGGUCAGACUGCUGGACGGUGCUCCGCUCUCAGUGUCUGGAGGAGCGGACAGCCAGCCGGCCCGCCCCGGCUCAGGAGGCUCCUCCGGCGGCCACUGAGUGGUGUGACGCCGCUGAUGACUGGGGGCUGGAGGAGGAGGAGGAGGAGGAGGAGGAGAAGGUUGGAUGGGGAGGAGGUGUGGAGGAGGACAGCCAGGGUCAAGAGGAGAAAGCAGCCCCUGAAGAAAAGGCCAGCGGCGAGGAGGUCGAUGUCAGCGGCCGGGCUUCCAGGAUUCGUCUUGCGCCCCGCAGGAUGCCCCGUGCCCGCCGCUCUUCAUCGCUGCGGGCGGGCGAGGAGUCGGACCUGCUCGGCGAGCGGGACGACCUGCGGCACGCCCGGCAGCUGCUGAGGGAGUACGAGAGCAGGGAGGGCGUGGUGGCAGCCGGCGGCGGCGGCGAGCUGGAAGGCUCCGCCGGCGGCGGCGGCGAGGAGAAGUACGAGAAGACGAGCGCCAGACACGGAGAUGCCGUCUUCUCCAGGUUCCUGAAGAAGAUCUCGCCGUGUCCUCGGCAGAUCCUGCGCUACAGCCGCGGCGGCGAGCCGCUCUUCGUCUCGGAGCCGCCGGCGCCGGCCGACGCAGCGGCUCGGCUGGCGUGCUCCCGCUGCGGAGGCUCCCGGACGUUUGAGCUGCAGCUGAUGCCGGCGCUGGUCGGUCUGCUGCGGAGGGAGAAUGGCGAUGAUGGCGAGCUGGAGUUCGGGACGGUGCUGGUUUACACGUGCACGGACAGCUGUUGGACCCCCGGGUCGGGCGCCGCUGUGGAGGAGUUCUGCUUCGUUCAGACCGACCCGGACCAGCAGCUCUUCAAAUGAUCACCAGGGCUGCUCUCGAUAGGGCUGUCCUGACUAAAGAAGUUCUUAGUCGACUAACACUUAUAGGAUUUAGUCGACUAAUCGAUUAGUUGAUUUAAUUGACAGAGCUGUGCUCUU